AUGGAUAUCUUAUCGGACGAGAUCGAGUCAAUCCUGUUCAUCGGAAAGCGUGUGCUGGUCUACCGGGUACAGCCAAGGACGUCGAACGAAGGUUAUAAAGCAGCAGAAUGGAACUCUGAGCAAGGCCUGCUCUGGCAAGGACGUAUGAGGGUCUUGGAAAAGGGCAAGACGUGCGAGAUCCGAUUAGAAGAUGGCAACACUGGGGAGCUCUUUGCCUCGACGUUAUACUCUCCUUCGAAUAACUCGGUCGAGCCGGUCCUCGAUUCGUCCAGAUACUUUGUGCUACGUGUGGAAGGCGACGGAGGGAAGAAAGCGUAUAUUGGAGUUGGAUUUGAAGAAAGGGGUGAUGCCUUCGACUUCAAUGUUGCUUUGCAGUCCCACUCCAAGCAUCUCUCCAAUCCCAACGCUUCCGCCGAACCCGACAAGCCGCCUGCACCUACCAAAGACUUUUCGCUGAAGGAGGGUCAGACUUUCAGCAUCAAGAUCCCGGGGAGAGAAGGCAGGAAGAGACAAGAGGAGGCCUCUGGUGGCCUGAUGGGAUUAGGUGCCGGAGGAGCGACGAGCGGUGGAAUCCCGUUCCUACCUCCACCUCCUGGCAAGAAGCGAUAG